AUGCCAAUUGCCUUAGACCAUCCAUACCACCAAGAACUUCUAGUUGCAACUUUAGCAGUUAAAAGGGCAUCGAACUUGACGAAGAAAUUGAGCGAUUCUAUCGUGAACACCCAAAACUCAGGCACCCAGACAAAGGAUGAUAAGUCCCCAGUCACAAUCGGUGACUAUGCAUCACAAGCAAUCAUCAACCAUGCCAUCAAGAAGAGCUUCCCCCUCGACGAAAUUGUAGGAGAGGAAGACUCGGAAUCCUUGCAAGGUGACUCAGAGGAAGCCAAGAGAUUAAGCCUGAAGAUUUUAGAUAUUAUAAACGAAGAACAAUCCAAUAACCCAUUAGAAAUCUUGGGCAACCUUGAAGACUUGCCAUCAGUGUUUGAAGCAAUUGAUCUUGGAAACUCCAAAGGUGGAUCAAAGGGUAGAUUCUGGGCACUCGACCCAAUAGAUGGAACCAAAGGAUUCCUCAGAGGUGACCAAUUUGCCGUUUGUUUAGCUCUUAUUGAAGAUGGCAAGGUUGUGUUGGGAGUUAUCGGCUGCCCUAACUUGGCAGAGAAUAUCGAAUCCAACGAGGACCAAACUGGAAUAAAGGGUGGAUUAUUUUCUGCUAUCAAAGGUGUAGGAUCAUUCUACACCCCAUUGUUUGAUACUGAAGACUUCAUUCCCUUGAAAGAUCAAGAAAAGAUUACCAUGAAACAGCACUCUUCUCCAGAUUCCCUUAAAGUUGUAGAGGGUGUUGAAAAGGGGCAUUCAUCUCAUUCCACCCAAUCCCAAAUCAAGGAGAAGCUUGGAUUCAGCGCUGAGACUGUGGUUAAGCAAACCAUCAACUUAGAUUCCCAGGUUAAAUACUGUGUACUUGCCAAGGGUCAAGCUGAUAUAUAUUUGAGAUUACCUAUUAGUGAUUCCUACAGAGAGAAAAUUUGGGACCAUGCCGCAGGAAACGUCUUAGUGUAUGAAAGUGGUGGACUCGUUGGAGAUAUCUACGGCAAUGAACUCAAUUUUGGAAAUGGAAGAUUACUCGAAUCUAAGGGUGUCAUUGCAGGUAACAAGGCUGUAUUCAAAUCUGUAAUAACCUCAGUGAAAGAAGUACUCAAAUUAUAA